UUUUCUUCAACUGUUUUUUCAAAUUUAGUUGAGAACAAUGACAUUGUGUUUGAAACUUCCACGACAAACUGAACACAGCAAUGUGUAUGUACAAAUGUCACACGACAGUUUGUCGCAUCUAGCAAGACGUAUGCGGCAUUCGCGAAUGGUUGCGAAUGAAAUGUACGAAUUUUCAUAGAUGUUGAUGCGGAUGAAUAUACUUUACUUCGUAUAUUUCAUGUAUGAAUAGGAAAAUGUUCAUAUAUUCCGUAUAAAAUGGCAUUCGCAUAUAGUAAAAUGCCCCUUGUUUAAAAUGAGAUACAUUUAAAAAUGAUAUUUUAAUGAUAAAUUGGAGUUUUGUUGGAAAUAUUUUGACUUAAAUAAGAAAAAAAAAAACUUUUUUUUUAUAUAUUUUCUAUAGUUGGUUCAGCUUUUUGAGGAAUUAACUCCAAUUUUUAAACGAAAAACAGUCCUAGUUAAGUCUUGAUAAAUUCUCAAGUAAAAAUAGAUCAUCAUCAGUGGCUAAUAGUCACAAGAUGGCAUUAAUAAAAAAUCAAGUCCUUAUGCGGAUCUGUUUUUCUUUCAAAAUGUAAUUUGACAGUAAAGUACACUUUGGUGUUUAAUUUGAUACAAAUAGUGAUUGAUGUCCGAUUUUAUAUAAUAACUCGUGUUAGGAAAUAAACUCCUUGAAAGAUAUUUUUUUUUUAGAAAUAAAGAAUAGAUGAAUUUAUUGGAAAAGUUUAUCAUGUAAUAGCUUUCAAACAGAUCGACAAUUAUUCAAACAGAUCACAUCAACAACAGUGCACCAUCAGUUUCAAAUGUUUGAAACGAGUGGAAACGAGUUGAGAAAAUAGGAGAGAACGAUUGAAAACGUCAGACUGAAGUGAACAAACGUCAAAACCAAAUCUGUCCGAUUUUCAUUGUCUCUGUUAAUCGCUUCUUCUUAUAAAUAACAAAAUAUUAUUUUUGAGAUCUUAUAAAAGUUUCGCUAUGAGUCGUCCAGAAAAAAAGCCGAAAUUUUCACACCCAGGUGACCAAAAUCACAAUGAAGAUGGGGUGGCAGAUUUACCAAACGACGAAUCUCCGCCGAAAAUAUUCAAAUUGAACAUCGAUUGCUAUGACGAGAUAUUUGAAUAUUUGGGCGUGAAAGAUUUGCAUUCAUUCGGACAAACAUGCAAGCGAAUGAACAAAGUGGCCGGCGAAUAUUUCAAACAAAAUCAUUCAUCGGCUGAGAAAUUCUGCGAAAAAGAUGGAAUUUACACAGUUUAUUCGGACAAAGACGGUGUUAUAGAUGAACGCAUUCAAACAUCUGGUUUUAAUAAGUUCAUGCCAUGCAUUUCAAUUAAUUAUCGUUAUGAUUCCACUCGAUCGUGGGGUCCACUCAAAUAUAUUGAAUCGCACAUCAGUGAAUUUGAGUCAACUAAACACAUUUAUCUUUCGAAGUUAUGUAUUUACAACGAAACAGUUAAGCAUUUCAAACAAUUUUUGCCUCAACUGGAAAUUUUGCAACACCGAAACUGUGGGAUGAUCGGUGACUUUUACGAUUUGAUAUUGAAGCAUUGUAUGAAUUUGAGAGAGAUUUAUUUUCAAAAUUCAGCUGCCGAUAUAAAUGGUAAACUCAACUGGUUAUUACAAGAAUACCCAAAGCUUGAACGAUUAGAAUUGAUACCUCAUGAAUGUUAUCAAUGUGAAGAGCUGCGUAAUUUUUUCGUACGCAAUCCAAAUGUACAGAGAUUUUCAACCACGCGGAAAUUUUUGUGGAAUAAUAGUGACAUAUUUUUAAAUUCCAAUGCAAAAUUGGAUAUAUUUGAACUCAAAGGAUUUUACUAUUCGACGCGGCCUUGGCAAAUGUCAAAAUUUCCCGUGGAAUUAUUAAAUCAACUCCAUAAACAAGGCUUUUAUAAGCGACUAUACAUUUACACCAAUUGGGUUGACGAUGCGUUCAGCACUGCAUUAGCCUCACUCAAAGGUCUCGAGCUAUUGAGCGUUCGACGAUUAAGCAAAAGUAAUAAUUUAGCUCAAUUGACCAAUCUGAGAGAAUUAAUUCUUAAGUGCGGAUCGAGUGCCACAGAUGGUGCCAUGGAUAUGGGGAUUUUAGCAAAUGGCCUUACAAAACUUGAACGUCUUUACAUUAAAAAAGGUACUAUCGAUGACAUUAUGCCAUUCAUUCGUCGAUCACCGAAAUUAAACAAAAUCAAAUUCAUACCUCCACAUUUCUGGAUGCGUGGAAAUUUUAAUUUAACAAUGUUGAAUGAAGAACGUGCCAAGUUGGCUGGAGCUCGAAAAAUAAUAUUUUAUACGCGUGAUGAUGUUUUCUUGGCUACUAAAUGGACGACCAGAAACGGUGACACCAAUUUGAGCCACAUCGAAAUUAGACGAUCGGAUUCGCUUGAAUGGAAUCAUCAUUAUUAAAUAGCCUUUUUUAGAAAAGAAAUUUUUUGUUCAAAUCAUCAAUGAUACCAAAAUACUUAAUACUUAAAAAUUUAGUUAGAAUCAUUUCAGAUUCAUUUUUGAAAGAAAGCUAGAGAAGUUUGUCUUUGUCUUACAAUUCACAAUACUUUUUCAGUUUUAGUUUUUCACUUCUAAGUACAGACAAAUUGAUUCAAUUAUAAUCUGAGUAAAUUUUUAAAUAAAGAGAAAUCCAAGUCUUUCAAAAUAUAACCUGAAGCUGAAGUGCAAUCCACUUUAGUGUUGAAUUUGUUACAAAUGGUGAUUAAUGGCCAUUCCAAUGAAUAUUAGAAAUAAAGAAUACUUGAAUUCAUACAUUUCCAGUA